UGAUAUUUCAUAUUAACGCUUUGUAUUGAAUGCAGACAAUAUUACCAUAUUAUUUUCGUUAGGAAACGUUUAACGGUACGUUGGCAGGCAAUUUAAAGGGGUUAGUAACGUAAUAUGGAUAUUUUUCCAAAAACGUGACGCAUAAUUAUUAUAUAUGUGUUAUAUUUUCUGAAAAAAAGUCUUGAUAACGUAACAGACACGUUUGUUAUUUUGGCUUGUACUUAAAUAGGUGUCUUGAGGAGCACAGUCAUCAUGAUUGAAAUAAUUCUGUAGAAUUUAUUAGUGUGUUUUGAUAUAAGUGGAACAUCAUAAAGUUGUUACUUGAAUACAAUAGAAAUGGACAGUAAGGAACGUGAUAUUGGUCCUCUCCGUUGCCAACCAUGUUUAGCCGAUGACAACCAAGUAUUAGCAUCAUUUUACUGUAUAGACUGCAAGGAAUGCCAGUGUUUGCGGUGCAAAGACGUUCAUCGACGUUUCUCAUAUAUGACGGGACAUCAGAUAGUUAAAGUAAAACCGACUUUUACCAAAGAAGAUAUCAAUCGAUUUAAUACAUACUUUGUAUGUAAUGUCCAUAACCGAAAACUCGAGUUUAUUUGUACAAAAGACAACACAUUGUGCUGUACUGAGUGCAAAGAAAAUAUCCAUAAAACUUGUCAAAAUGUACAAGAAAUCUCUCACAUAGCUAAUAAAGAUAUAGAUGACUUUGGUUAUCUCCAGAGAGAAACUGACGGGCUAAGGAAUAAAGUAAUGACAUUGUCAAAGUAUCUUAGAGAUACAUAUGACGCACUUAACAAUGAAUCACCUGAAAUGGAGAAACUAACAAAAGCAUUGACAGACAUGAAAGAAAAACUUUUUAGAAAGAUAGAUAAUUUUACAGAACAACUGAUAGCCGAUGGGAGACGGCAAAUUGAGUUUAAAUCCAAAGCAACUAUAAAGAAAGCAGAACUAUCUGAAAAACUAGUAACAUACAUAGAUGAACUGUUCGAGGACAUUGACUACUGGAAACAAGUUCCGCACCCCCAGAAUCUCAUCAUAAGACAUAGGCUUGCUGAGCAAUUUAAAGAAUGUGAAGAAAAGUUCAAAGACGUAUCUGCACACCUUCGUACACCCGGUGAAGUAACUUUGUCACUUCACAACAAGGUGCAUUCGUUAGUUGAGCACAAAUCCGAUAUUGGUAGUGUGUAUUAUGAAGACCAUGGUGGUAACCUCACAGAUCUGUCAGACCACCGUGCAGUACGGAUUGAACUUCUGCACAGCAGAAAUCUGCGAAGGCGAACAUUGGAUCAAGACAACCUGACACCUGAUAUUACAGGUAUUAGUUUCCUAGACGAUGGCAAGCUUGUUGUUAUCGAUAAAACCAACAGGAACAUAAGAAUACACGAGAAACAUUCGACAGAUCUGAUAUGGAAAACUGAGCUUACGCCAUGCGAUGUUGCAACUGUCUGUGAUGGAAAAUUUGUUGUCACGUUUCCAGGUCUGGUUGUGUUCUACAAGAUAAUAAAUAAUGAAUUAUAUGAAUACAAGCAUACAAGAAAUGUGCUAAACAAUAGUACAAUCUCUGUAAAAGAUAAAAAUUCGUAUGUGAUCGGUACUUCAGGCGCAAAUGUUCCUGCAUUGUUGAUUACAGAUUCCGGCCAGGAGAAAGAUUUAAACUUACGAUUGAAUGACUGUUCAAGUUACUCAUCAAAAUCUCUCUUUUUCAGGACCAGGGUCGCUGAAUUAUUAGCAAUUUCUUUCAAAGAUUUUAAUUGUAUUUUGCUUAUAGACAUGGAAACGAAAGAACACAAGAACGUGGCAAAUGAUGAACUUAUCAAACCAGGCUACAUGUGUAUCGGACCAUUAGACACCUUAUUCGUAUGUUGUGACUUGGGGAAAGUAGUGCAUCUUACUGCAGAAGGAUCGGUUCUUAGUGCGUUAAGUACGGACAUUAUUGAGCCAAAAUGUAUUUCAAUGUCCAAGGAUCAAACGGAAUUAGCUGUUGCAGGAAGUGGACAGUUACUCGUAUACAAAAUAGUUAAAACAGAUGCCUAUCAUGACUAUAUCUGUUUAAACAAAAAGAAAGAAAAGCGCUUUCAAAGCGUUUUUUAUUGAAAAUACCAAGAAAAGAACUGAAGUCCCUACUUGGUUGAAAGUUGACAUUGAUUCUAUUUAGUGCAACAAAGCAUUGUAUUGAUAUUCCGCCACAUCCUCAUCACUAACAAAACAUUAUAUUUUAGAAAUAUAACUCAUGUAAGAUAAAUUGUGAAUUUGUUCUUCGUGAAAUGAGUGAGCAAAAUGGUUAAACCAAGUUUUUUUGUCACAUUUGUUGUUUGUUUAAUAACGUUUAUUUUAGCAGAUGUCAUAGCGUGAUACACAACAGAUUGUUGCAUUUAUAUGGUGGUAAAAUAACUGACUUGACCGACAAUUUAGCAAAUAAUCAGUAUACAGUUGACUGCACUGCCAAAUCGAUUUAGCGUUCAAUGGACAUCAUUGAUAUAUAACGGACAUAAAUACUAAAAUAUCAGAUUUAUUGUUGAAUGUAUCUUAACGUCAUUUUUUUUCUUUGCUUUUUUUUACUUUGCUUGUGAUGAUUGCAAUUAUCAUUUGUUUUGUUGAUGUAUGAUUCAUAUGCCUGUUUUAUAAAGUGUUGAGAAUGUAAGUAAUUGCUGAUACAGUAAGUUGGUAGUGCAUAGCAAAUUUAUACGAAUAAUAUCAAAUACCUAGAGGUAUACUAUUCCAUUAACCAAUUCUUAUUGCUGCUUGUUCUCAACUACUUUAAUUGAAUAAAUUAUUAAACAGAUAAAAUUACGUAUCUAUACCUUUUAAGAUGUAAAGAUGGCAACCUGUUGCAGGACUUUAUAGAGCUUGUAGAGGUAUGCAGACCUUCAUUUCAAUAACACAGGACUUUUCCUUGAAUUUGAUUAUGUAACAUUUGCAAAGAUCUAAUUUCUAGUUUGCGUGUACAAUGUAUGUUUUAAAUAUAUCAUUAUACGAUUUCAACUUGCGCACAUCGUCUUCUGUAAUAUCAUUCUAUGAACUGUGAAUAAAAGUUUUGGUUCUUUAAUUACACAUU